GCAGACAACCUCCCUCAUUCACAUCAGAAAUGGCAAAGAUUCCAUUUUGGAAAGUCAAUCUCUUUUUGUAUAGAUAUAAAAUAGCAAAAGUACGGUUCGGAGUCUUUUCUUUCUUAUUUGAAAUCCAAAUCGAAAUGCCUCAACUUGAUAAAUUAACUUAUUUCUCACAAUUUUUCUGGUUAUGUCUUCUCCUCUUUACUUUUUAUAUUCUCUUAUUUAAUAAUAAUAAUGGAAUACUUGGAAUUAGUAGAAUUCUCAAACUACGGAACCAACUGCUUUCGCGCCGGGGGGGCGAGAUCCAGAGCAAGGACCCUAAGAAUCUGGAAGAUAUCUCGAGAAAAGGUUUUAGCACCGGUCUCUCAUAUAUGUACUCCAGUUUAUCCGAAGUAUCCCAAUGGUGUAAGACCGUCGACUAUUUGGGAAAAAGGAGGAAAAUCACUCUGAUCUCUGAUUUCGGAGAAAUAAGUGGCUCACGAGGAAUGGAGAGACAGAUUCUCUAUUUGAUCUCGAAGUCCUCAUAUAACAUUUCUUCCAGUCGGAUCACUUGUUGGAAAAACAUAAUGCUCACACAUGUUCCACACGGGCAAGGAAGCAUAGUAUUAUGAUGAAAAUGAAUGGAAUACUCGGCAGAAUAGGAAUAUUCC